GAGUGUUCGAGUCGGCAGACUUGGGUGUGACAGGCGGGAGCCAUUCGCCGCCCCCAAUGAGAAUUGAGCCGGCAGGUGUGUCGACUGAGAGCGCUCAGGCUCCAAUGAUGAUGAUUGAAGCUGGGGUGGAGGCCACAAGCACGGCAGGGGUACUUGUACACUCUGCUCAAUUGGCUGUUGCUGUGCACCCAGGGUCUCCAUGCACUGGUGGAAUGCUUUCAACUGUCGAUGGACAGGUACAGAUUGGCGCGGGCAUUGUGAUGCCACUAAACAAGUGGCAUUACAUAAUGAAGUCUACCUCAGAUGCCAAGUGCACAUUAGACGUGGCACGGCACCUGUGGUCAGCAACGCAAGCUGGGGAGAGAAGCCUGACUGGGCAGGCCUGUCGGACCAUCUCUGACGCAUCCGGGAAGCUUCCAGCAACACCAGCGAAAGUGGCUGCUGUGAAGAACUGCCUGGAGAAGUACAUCAGCGAGCAUCCCAUGGGGCCACCAGCACCACCUCCUGAGCACCGCCUUGCUUCUGUAAGGAAGCACCUCCGGAGCUUCUUUACAGAAGCAGGUCGCCAGGGCAAGCGCGUACGCAAGACUGGAAUAGCCCAAACUUAA